AAUGAAAGAAGCAAAGCUCAACAGGUCCUCUUCCGAUGAGAGAUCUUUAGGCUAAUUCCGAGUUGAUCCAUCUGUUACCCCAAAUGGUCCCCUCUUCUUUUUUAAAAAAAAAUCUUAAUCCAUACCAGUUAAAUGCAGCUAACAUGUCUCCAUUUAUGUAAAAAAAAAGCCAUUUUGCCUUCUUUUAAGAAAAAAGUAGUAAUCUUUUGGCUCAUCCACUCGUCAGUCUGAUUCAUAUUCCCACAAUCAAAACCCAAUCUAGUCUUUUUUGAUAUAAUAGCGCCAGACCUUUACAACACAAAAAACACCCGAGUCUAAAGACUCUCUCACAGGUAAAACAAUGAGUUUGCUCUUCGCUACAGCGAUAUUAUCAACGCCCACUCUCUACCUAUCCAAGAAACCCCCAAUUUUCCAGUUUAAACCCCUGAAUCUUCAACGAUCAAUUCGUUGUUCAUCUUCCUCUUCGCCUUCUUUGUCAGUUUCGAGCGAAUUGGAGUCGACCCAGUUCGAUCUAAAGACUUAUUGGACCACUUUGAGAACCCAGAUCAACCAGAAACUCGACGAGGCAAUACCAGUGAUGUACCCAGAGAAGAUCUACGAGGCCAUGCGAUACUCUGUACUUACUCAGGGCGGCAAGCGAGCGCCACCCGUCAUGUGCAUCGCGGCUUGCGAGCUAUUUGGCGGUAACCGCCUCGCUGCAUUCCCUACUGCCUGUGCUCUUGAAAUGAUUCAUGCCGCUUCAUUGAUACACGAUGACCUACCCUGCAUGGAUGAUGAUCCAUUACGCCGAGGAAAACCCUCCAACCAUACAAUCUAUGGUGUGGAUAUGGCCAUCCUAGCAGGGGAUGCACUCUUUCCCCUUGGCUUCCAGCACAUUGUAUCCCACACACCUGCCAACCUUGUUCCAGAGACUCAACUCCUCCGUGUCACCACUGAGAUUGCCCGUACUGUAGGCUCUACCGUUGGAGUUUAUGGGGCUGAGAGUGCUGUGAAGGUGGCUCAAGAUCUUAGAACACAGGCUAAAAAAGAACUCGAUGGGUUUAAGAAGUAUGGUGAGGGUGUGUUGCCACUUUAUAGCUUUGUGGAUUUUGCUGCUGAUAGAGGAUUCACCAUUGAUGAUUUAAGUUGA